AUGGACACAGACACAGGCAUGCACCAAAACCAACACAACAACCAACAGUUCAAAACCCUGCACAACAACAACCACAACCAACAGUUCAAAACCCUGCACAACAACAACCACAACCAACAGUUCAAAACCCUGCACCAAAACCAACACAACAACCAACAGUUCAAAACCCUGCACCAAAACCAACAGUUCAAAACCCUGCACCAAAACCAACAGUUCAAAACACUGCACCAAAACCAACAGUUCAAAACACUGCACCACAACAACAACCAGCACAACAACCACCUCCACAACCAGCACCACAACCAACAGUUCAAAACACUGCACAGCAACAACCACAAACAGAGCAAGGACAUAAAAGAAGUAGAGAACAAGGAAACCAAGAUUUCUUAA